UUCCUCGUGCCGAAAUAAGUGAGAUACGUAAACAACCGGCAAAUUUUCACCGAUCUGAAUUUAAAAGAGCAUUUAAAAUCCACAAUAUACGCAACAUUGAAAAAUGGGCAAAACUUCAAAGGAUAAGCGGGAUAUAUUUUAUCGAUUAGCCAAGGAACAGGGAUGGCGCGCAAGAAGUGCCUUCAAACUGCUACAAGCUGAUGAAACGUUUAAUUUAUUGGAGGGUGUCGAACGGGCCGUUGAUUUAUGUGCUGCACCUGGCGGCUGGUCCCAGGUGCUAUCAAGGCGCAUGUACGAGCCGCGAACUGUCGAGGAACGAGAGAAAGUGAAGAUCAUCGCAGUGGAUACGCAGGGCAUGGCACCCAUUGAUGGUGUCACACAGUUGCGCGCCGACAUUACCAAAGAGUCAACAGCAGAUGCAAUUAUUGAGUUUUUUGGCGGCAAAAAGGCGCAAUUGGUUGUCAGCGAUGGCGCUCCCGAUGUCACUGGUAGUCACGAUUGGGAUGCCUAUAUGCAGGCGCAGCUGCUCUUAUCCGCCUUGAGCAUUGCGACCUACAUUCUCGAGGAGGGCGGCUCCUUUAUGGGUAAAGUGUACCGGGCAGCGAAUACCAGCAAAGUGUACUUGCAGCUGCAACGAUUCUUUAAGGAUGUGUGCGUCUUCAAGCCAUCCGCAUCCCGUAACUCAAGCAUUGAAGCAUUUGUGGUAGCCCGCCAGUUCAGUCUGCCGGCUGGACAUGUGCCAUGCAAUUUAAUUACGGAAUGGUACAACAUACCCGAAGAAGCACUGAAAAACACCACAGGAAAGCAAGGUGAAGAUGUCGUCUGCCUGCCUUUUGUGGCCCACACAUGCGAAUAUGAUGCGGAUCUCAGCUACGACUUGGAUGACGAUUAUAAAUAUCAGGAGGCUGUGCAAAAGCCAUUGACUGCCGCCUACCAGGAAGUGAUAGAGAAAACCAAACAUGUAUCCCUUAAAUACGAUUCAUUUAUAGUGCGGCACGAUGAGGAGCAGCCAGAGUCCUAUGUUUUGGAGCAAAAGGGAUCAAGUUGCUAUAAGCAGACGCCACCGGCAGACAAAACUGAGGAGCAAAGUGAAACGAGCCACGAUGAGAAGGCGCCACCGAUCGAUGCUUUGGCGCAAGGUGCCAGAAGUCACGAGUCUGAGCAAUGUGAUUAAAAUAAGCACACUUAAGU